GUCUGCAGGAAUGAGAACGUGAGGGACUCUGACAUCAAAACCGGGUGGGACCAGCAGUGCUCAUAAAUACCGGGAGGAGAGCCGGGAGUUUGGGGAGAAGGGUUUGGAAUGAGGGAGAGCCGGAGCUGAGGAGAUCCCGGAGCUGAGGAGAUCCCGGAGCUGAGGAGAUCCCGGAGCUGAGGAGAUCCUGGAGCUGAGGAUCCUGGAGCUGAGGAGAUCCUGGAGCUGAGGAGAUCCCGGAGGUGAGGAGAUCCCGGAGCUGAGGAGAUCCCGGAGCUGAGGAGAUCCCAGAGCUGAGGAGAUCCUGGAGCUGAGGAGAUCCUGGAGCUGAGGAGAUCCCGGAGCUGAGGAGAUCCCAGAGCUGAGGAGAUCCCAGAGCUGAGGAGAUCCCGGAGCUGAGGAGGGCCCGGAGCUGAGGAGAUCCUGGAGGUGAGGCGAUCCUGACCCAGGAUGGGGUUUAACAUCAGCCGCAUAGUGGAAAUCCAGAUCUACAACAAGACCCAGAACAUCACCCUGAAGAACGCCAGGACCCACUUCUUCAGCGGCCACAGCGUCAACGUCCCCCAGCCCUCGGUGCCCCCGGGCUCCUCCAGCAGCUGCAAGUUCAUCAACAGAACCAUGUUGUGGGGCUGCAACGGGGUCCUGGCCUACGAGGCCGACUCCUUCACCUUGGCCAUCUACUUCUCCAACCCCGUCGACUACAACAGAUUUUCCUUGGAGACGGGCCUGGAGCUGUCCGUGGACAAGGUUCAUACGAGGGACCUCCAGUCGACCUACGACCGCCUGGUCAGGAACGCCCGUGACUUCUCCGACAGCUUCGGGUUCCCCUGUGUCAUCAUCAAGGAAUGGCAGAAUGAAGCCCAGCUGAGCGCCGGCCCCGUCACGGUGACGGCCACCGUGUUCAGAGGCCGGAGCGCUGUCAUGAAGGUGGUGGUGGAGGAACGGGAGGAUUCAGGCAGCGGAGCCAGGAGAGAGACCCCGUGCCGAGCAAGACACGUCCAGGAGAAUCGAGAACGCGAGGGACCUUCAGGGGAAGCUUCUGGAGAGCCUAGGAACUGCAGGGAUGGCCAGAGAAACCUGAAGAUAUUGCCAGAAUCCCUUAAAAACCUCUAGAGCCCUGUAGACACACCUAGAACCCUGUAGGAAUGUCUGAAAUGCCAUGGAUACCCUUAGAACCCCAUAGACACCUCUAGAACCCUGUAGAAAUGUCUAAAACCCCAUAGAGACCCUCAGAACCCCAUAGACAUACCUAGAUCCCUGCAGACACUUCUGGAACCCCACAAGCACAUCGAGAACCCCAAUGGCACCUCUAGAACCCUUCACAGACCAGAGGAACCUUCAGCAGAACCUCACGGGCACCAGGAGAACCUUGGGGGAACCACCAGGACCUUCUGGACACCCCUGGACCCUCAUGGACACCCCGGGGUUGGGGCGUUUCAGCCACCACCGACUCCCACUUUGGGUCUCUCUCCGCAGACCUUCCUCGCUCCCUUUUCGCUUUGCUCAAUAAAAUUAGAAGUUCUUACACUUGG